CGUGGUACUACACACAUUAUAAAACGUUCGCGACUAUUUUUCCGGGUCACACGGCCACGCAAUCAUCGUCGUCUGACGUUUGUGAAUUUCUGACAAUACUCGUGAUUAGCAAAAGGAUCGUAGAGUCACUACACAAAAUCAAUAUGAGUGCAGUUGGGUCUGAAUCUUUAAGUCAAAGUUCCAGUAAUAAAAGCAAAGAUUUAAUCAUGAAGUAUCGAGAGAAUAUGGUGGAGUUCUAUAAGAAGAAUUAUGCUUGUGUUGAUUCUUGGUUAUCGAGUGAAAACAAAAACGGUUUUCCUUUACAGGAACAUUUUUCCAAUUUAGAUAUUCUGAAAGGAGAAUUUUUACAAAUAGGAGAUAAAGGAGACGGUGUAGAAUUAAAACAGAUUUUCUCGAUUAACUUCGACAGUCGCGUAACUAUUCUUUUAAGAGGAGAUUGUGGUUUUGGUAAAACAACACUUUGCAAGAAGUUAGCUUACGAUUGGGCUACAGCUGUUCAACCAGACAAUUACCUAAAACAGUUUGAUUUUGUCGUGUUUAUUGAACUGGGGAAGGAAGAAGAAACAGAUUUGAAUAAUUUAAUCUUAAGUAAGGUUAGUGGAACAGAGGACUCGGAUGAGAGAGAGAAAAUUAAACACGCAAACUUGACAUUUUUAAUCAUUUUAGACGGAUUUGACGAGUGUAGCUUUCAACAAUCCGUUAUUAACUUCAUCACAUCAGAUUCUCAAGCUAUUUCAAAAAAAAUGAUGAUUCUUCUCACUGUUCGUGGUAAGAUGGUGGAUGACAGUUUACUUGUUAUGAGAAAUAGGUUAUUAGAUCUACCUAACGAUCGUUUCGAAUCAGGAAUUUGUAUUCCCCAAAUUAAAUUUGAGGAAAAUAUGAACUUGGUUGUCUCUAUUGAUCAGUUUUCAACAGUAGAAGAGGAAAUGUUCGUAAAUUUGGUUUUCAAGCAAAAGAACGAUCGAGCACGGAAUCUUCUUAAUCUUUUGAAGAACAAUUGCUUUUAUGCACAAUUGGCCGAAUGUCCGAUGUUACUCCACGCACUGUGCUGUUUAUACCGAGAAGAGCGAGUAGAAGACAUCAAGACGAAGACUGAUUUAUUCAUCCGAUUGUUCAAAUCUAAAAUCGAAGGAUAUGUGAGAAACAAUGAAGAAUUCAGCUAUUUGAAGAGAGGAAAAUAUUUCUAUGGUGAAGAUCUUUUAGUGAAAUUGGGGAAAACAAUUUAUGAAAAGGAACUGAGUGUAGCCAAAAGAGAAAGUGACGAUGAGAUUGAUUAUGUGGAAAGACUCAAAGAGCAUAAUAAAAAUAUUAGUGUUUCUGAAUUCAUGCAAAGUUUUACUGAUGAGAAAGAUCGCAAAUUACUUCUGGGUAUAAAUAUAGUAGUUCGAUGUUAUGACGUUAAUGAGGAUUGUGAAUGCUACUAUAAAUUUCUUCACGAAACAUUUCGCGAAUUCGUUAUUGCUUUCAGUUUGAGUCACUCAAUCAGAAUUCCUAUUCAAGAAUUUUCUGGUGCCGAUUAUUACUUUCCUUCCAUAAAAUUUCCAGAGAGCAAUAACAUCACUUUAUUUUAUUUUGGUUUGCUGGACGAUAAGCCGAUUCCCGAUCAACUUCUGAGCAUUCUCAACGAGGAUGUUCAGCCUUUGACGCAUUUAUUAGAAAGUUUUAACGAAAUUAAAAACGAUGCUAACAGAAAACUGCUAUUUUCAAAAACAAAAUAUUUCGUUACCGUUGACAGUCCCAUAAAUUGUGUGAAAUUUCCUCAACAGUUAAAUAGAAUCUACUUUAUUAUAGAACAAAAAGUUGCCUUUGAAGACGUGAGACGAAAACUAAAAGAACUGCAGGAUAUAUACAGCCAUUCAGAGAAAUUGGACAUUUUAAUAUUUGUACACAUAAACUAUUAUGCUUCUUUAUGCUUCAGAGACAAGAAUAAUAAAACAUUUAUAGACAUUUGUCAGUCGACAAAGUUGAUAAAACGUUUAAUGACAACUGAGGAAUGGAAAAAAUUGAAUAUUUAUUUUUGUGGCAUUCUCGAUAUUAAUUUAUCUAAUCCCGAUAGAGUUAUUCCUGUUGAUGCAGCACUUUCCGACUAUUUUGUAAAUUGGACAAAUUUUGAAAAUUCUGUGGAAGUGCCAGAGUCAGUAAAGAAUGAAAUAAACAGCAAUGAAGAGCUGGUUGCAUUCAGAAUCUCGGAGGAUGAUUNAAAAUAUAUUGAUAGUAAAAAGAGCUAUGUCAUUAAUAGUACAAUGGGAUAUUAG